ACGGGAGUCCGCAGCCGGCGUAGGUUCAGUUAGCAGCAGGACGCACAGCGAGAAGCACGAACAUGGCUGAUAUCUCGAACGAAGAACUUCGUAAGGAAAUCACCGCUAUCCUUAAGGAUGCGGAUCUCACUACUAUGUCUGCUAAAAAAGUGAGGCUACAGAUCGAGGGAAAGCUCGACAUCGAUCUUACUGAAAGGAAAAAAGAAGUGGACACUUUAGUCAUGGAAUGUUUACAAGAGAAACAAGACGGAGCCAAGAAGAAAAAGAAGACUGCUAGUGAAGAGUCCGAAGACGGUGAGGAGGAGGAGGAGGAGGGAUCCGAGGAAGAGGAGGAGGAGGAAGAAAAGAAGCCUGCGAAAAGAAGCCCGGCAAAAAAACCAGUAAAUAAACGUAAAAAGGGAUCGUCAGACGACGAAGAGAGUGCAAGCGAUGAUGACGCAAGCGAUGAAGAAUAUAGUCCCAAAAAAGCAAAAGCUACACCCAAAAAAGGCAAACCGGGUAAAAAAGGGAAGAAGAAGGGCAGCGACAGCGACAGUGACGAAGACUGGGGCAAGAACAAGAAAGCUCAGGGUGGUGGAGCGAAGAGAGGAGCGAGUGGAGGUAAAGGUAAAGGCGGUUAUACCCGUGCCAUCACAUUGUCUCCAGAACUUGCUGCCGUCGUUGGAGCCGAACAAAUGGCUCGACACGAAGUCGUGAAGAAGAUCUGGAGUAUUAUCAAAGAGAGAAAUCUUUAUGACCCUAAGAAUAAGCAGUACGCUAUCUGCGAUGACGAAUUGUUAAAAGUAAUUGGAGUAAAACGUUUCAGGACUUUUGGUAUGAUGAAAUACCUUAAAAACCACUUCAUAGAUUAAAUCAUCUUCGAGACACGAGUUAUAAACAUUGUAUAACAUAUUCCAAGGUGCAACGUGCAUCUCUCCAUCUUUCUCACACGAUACAUACAUAGAUAUACAAAACAUACAGACACAAACAUAUUUCUUGCGACUUAAGACUCUAGCCAUGUUUACACCAUUCCGACGAGUUCUGUUGUCCAUGGUAGCUGCUUUCUCCCUCCCAUUGAAUGUUCGUGGCAAGUAGCAUCUUGAUUUUAUGGGCAUUAUUCGAAGUGCGGCACGUCGUUGCUGCCCAAAACGUUUCACUUAAUGAUGACCCACAAGUAGAUCCGGUCACUGUCCGGAAAGCGGAAGAGCCGGUACCAUGGACGGGCGGGCAAUCUUACGACACGUGGAAACCAUUAGAAUGGCCGAUAGUCAAGCUGGUUUUAAGUCGAUUCAGGGUUAACUUUUUAUCAUUUACUUGCUUUAUGAAUGUCGUAAAUAGCUGUUUUCUCGCCGAUAUUAUGAAAAUGCAGAGUGCCGUCGUGGCAGUAACCUAGAGCAGUAACAAGAUAAGCUUCUCACUUUUUCGUUUUUAAGUACGAUCUAUUUUACAAUUAUGACUCUUUAAGAUUGAAUGAAAUUUCAAUGUCGUCGUGAUCUUUUGCUAAUGCGAUCUGCCUCCGAAACGUUACGAUAUUUUCGUUGCAUUUUUAAUGUUGAUUGAUUUUCGACAACGGAUGGCAAUAAAUUGGAGAGAGAAAGGGAGAGAAAACAUACGGUAAAAUGAAAUUUAGAGAAUGAUACAAAAACUGAACAUCCUGUACCUCUUCUGUAUAAUAGUUACAUUAUACACUGACAUUAUAACUAAGCGAAAUUUAAUUGUAUUAUCGUGUAAUUACUAAUUAAUUGUCGUAAUAUAGGUUUCUUGGUGUAAAAAAAUUGACCUAACUCUAAGACUUAAUGCUAAAAUAAUGUAUUCAGUGAAGGUAACGAAUGCAUAUUAAAAGUCACAAUAUGUGCAGCACUCGCACAGUGUUGAAUAGUAGAGAAUAAGGUAGGCUGAUGACGCGAGGUACGGAGUUUAAAUUCUGUUGGUGAGGAUAUUCAUACACCGUAUGAAAAAAAAAUUCGUGUAUUUUGAAUAUAAAUUAUAGGACUGCGCUGGCCUAAACUUGAUAGAAGCCACACGAAAAAUUAUGAGAGACAUUCGAAAACAGGGAAUAACAAUUUGUCUUUUAAAGGAAGUAAAGUGCGGAUUGUACCCUGAUCUACUCCGUGGAUGUAUCUGAGAAUUUCAUUAAACCAUAUUGCUUUUUUUUUUUAAAAAAAGACAAGAAACA